AUGGCUGGCCAAGAUGCCUCAAUGGAGGAAAUCCUCUGGCGAUCUCCCCCGCACGUCCAGAUGAUGGGGGGUAUGUCCACACAGUUGAAGCUCCAGAGAAUCCUUUUCUACUUCGCCGAGUCCCCUUUCUUCGACCCAACCUCAAACAACGCCUCCUUGGCCAUCCAAGCCAACUACAACGAAGCCUUCCGCCAUUUCGUCGAAACGCGCGAAGCUUUCGAAGCCCGCUUAAAGACCAUGUCUGGUCUAGAAUUCAUUGUCUCAUAUGACCCCUUACAAGCGGCAGCGCAGUCAGAUACGCGCUUCGCUCACGAGCCGUCGAAUAUCUGGGUGAUCCGAAAGCAGAACCGACGAAAGCGCUCUGGCAUGGACGAUGAAGUGUCCGUGAUCUCUACGUACUUCGUUGUAGGAGAUUGUAUCUAUAUGGCACCGUCUGUGGCCAGCGUAAUUGGCAACAGAAUUCUCUCCGCUGUUACCUCGCUAUCACGACUUAUGAAAACCGCAUCCACCCUCCCAACUUUUACACCAUCCUACGGACAUACAUAUCUACCACCCAUGGCCCGCGCAACCGAGUCCGGCGCACAAGCAUCACAGCAAAGCAAAGAGAAUACACCCAUGCCCGAUGCCGCAGCCCCCUCCACAGAUGCCCAAACAAGCAAAGCCGGACUCGGUAUCUCGACAAACUCGAGCUCCAGCUACCGGGAUACCCGAAGUCUCGCAGAAUCAUUCACCCUUUUCGCUCAAUAUGGCGAGGAAUUCAUGGAUGAGACGCCACUAGUAGGUGAACCAGGCUCAUUCAUCAUGUCCCGACUAGGUGGUGAAAGUGAUCGCACAGCCAAGAAUACCGUGUCAAAAGCCUCCGUGAAUGUAUCAGGCAGUACACCAGCCCCGCCUGGACGAGUCUCAACUCCGCAGGUUCGGGUUGAUACGCCAGGAAAGGCAUCUGAUCAGGGGAAUUCACCUCCUAGCUCGGGGGAGAAUAAGGGAAAGCGGAAAAAGGGUCGGGUUGUGAGUUGA